UUAGAAUUAAUUGUAAUUUGAAGAAGAAUGAAUAGUAUCAAAAACAUUUUUGAAAAUUUGAAUGAUUCAAUGUCUGCUUCAAUUAGUAAUGAAGAGUGCUCUUUUACUGAAACUCAGGAUUUUAAUAAAGUAUGUAUUAUCUUAUAAAAUAUUUAAAACUGAAUUAGAAUUUAAUUUUUUGUAAAUAUAGGAUCAAUCUGCAAUUUAUGUGGAUAUUCCAACGGUUGGCGGUUAUGAAUAUCCAUUGGAAAAUAUUGAAAGUUUAAGUGACUUGUUGAGCCAAUGGGGAUUGAGUUGUUUAUACAAAACAUGCUUAAGUAAUUAUAACAUAAUUCAUAAAUAUAGUUCUGAAAUAUUUAAUUUGUAUCCUUUAUUUUUAUUUUUUUUAUAGCUGAGCUGGUAGACCUUACAAGUUUGUCAAGAAUAAAUCCAUCUGAAAUGUCCAUGUUAGUUAAGGAAUAUCCUUUAGGCGUUCAGAUCAACUUUAGGUACCAUGUUGAAGCAUGGCAAAAAAGUAAUAUUACAGAAAAUGAACCUAAUACAAAUAUAACAUCAUCCCAUGUUAUCCCAUCUUCUUCUUGUUCGUCUUCGUUGGAAAUGAUAAAAUUAGACAAAAACCAAAGUAUUCAGUGUAUAAUACCCUCAAAGAAUCCAAACAUUGAAGUAUCAAAUAUAUUAAACUCCACUCAGGGUGCUUUAAUAAUUGAUUAUUAUAAGAAACAUAACAGUAUAAAUGACAAUAUAAGAACACUUUUAGUCGAAAUAAUAAUUCAAGAGUUUAUCACAAAAAAAAUAUUAAUGUCUGUGUCAUUGGCAGAAGAAAUUGCUGACCAAAUACAGCAACUAUUUCCCUCUGAAUUGAAGGAAAAUUAUUUCAUUAAGGACUGUUCAAGACAACCCAAAGGGAAGUUAUAUUGCAAGUACUAUAAUACAAUGAGAACAUUGAAAUCAAGUGGGUUAAUUUCAAAACAAAAAUCAAUAAAAAAAAUAACUAAAAGUAGGAAUUUUAGUAGUUGGACUAGCAAUACUUUUGAACCUGAAGAAGAUGUACAAUUAAUUUUGAAUCAAAUUAAACAUGAUAAUUGUAGUCUUCCAGAACUUGAACGACAUUGGAGUUCAACUGUCAAUUAUAGACUAAAUGAAAUUCAAAAGGCCACAUCAACUCAGGAAAUAAUAAAAGAAUGGAGGAGUUAUAAAUUACCAAUGGGUUAUAAAUUAAACGAUAUUGAUUUUAAUGUUCUACAUCCAAAUUGUUUCAAUGUACUGGGCAAUUAUGAACUAAAAUUAUUCAGAAUAUUUAAUAUUUUAACAACAAAAAAAUCAAAGAUAUAAGCUCUCGUAAAUUAUUAGAGAGUUUAAAUGAGAUUGAAAAUCCAUGUGAAAAUGCUAAACAAGCAGUUACGUUUUAUUUAUUACAUUCGUUACUUGUUCCAACUACUAAGAAAGUAACCAGGGAUGAUAAGGGAAAAAAGAAUAUUAUUAAAUUCUCUAUAAAAGAUUCCCAAAAUACUUUUGUGGUGUUUUGCAGUACUGUUUCCCAAGCUGAAGAAUUAAUAUCUAAUAAAUAUAGCCUUAAUAUGCCGAUUCAGCCUUUUAUUUUGAUUAUUGGUACACCACUACAACCAAAAGAAAUAAUAGUAUAUUUUGAUACAAUAAAGUAUAAAGUUUUCACUGUAUUAAGAGCUAUAGAUGUAUGUUUCAAAAUAAUACAUUUAUUUAAUUUAGAGUACCCAGUAGAAUCGUGUGCUGUAUGGCUAUUUAUUCAAAAAUAUUUGUAUAAUAUUAAAACCAAGUUCGAUAAAUCCCACCCUAAUCUAAAUCAAUUGAUAUUUGAUUUAGAAAAUAAUGUUGAAUAGUUAAAUUUUAUAUAAUUGUUGAGCUUUGUUAGUUAUUACUAGAACCUAAUAAAAAAAAUAAAAAUAAAUAGUUAAAUAUAUAUUUUAUAAGUUGAAUAAUAAUUUAUUUACUUACUUGUAAUUAACUACUUUAACUAUAUAAUAUUAAAAUAUGUAUACAUUUAUAA